UCGUGCGUGUAUACGUGUGUACAUUUACGUGCAUGCUGCUAGUUCGCGCAAUAUCCUGAUAAGAUUUGGUAAACUUGCUACGGUGAAAAAGGACGUGUCUGACUUUAUUCCGCUAUAACGUUUCCCCCGAAAAAACAACAAAAAAAGAGAAAAAUAUGGCAGCCGGAUGGGAACCAACCACACCCAGGCAGCCCAUUGCGGCCAUGUACAAUGGCCCUGGCCCGGGCCAGUACCUUCUCCCUGGUGGAACCGGUACCCAGAGAAGUGAUCCCCGCAAGAAGAUGUUCCCGGCUUACAGCUUUGGCAUCAAGCACACAAAGUUCACGGACGACUGCAGCCCAGGCCCGCGCUACCUGACGAACCCACGCAUCAACAGGCACGGCUAUGCUGGGGAACCUCAUUACUCACUCUAUAGUCGGCCUAAGGAGCCCCGUAUGUUCAGCACUCCGGGCCCCGGGCGCUACUCACCAGAGAAGUCUGGACAGAUGGCCUACAAGAAGGCUGCAUCCUACUCCUUUGGUGCCAGAACAAAAGGCAGCAAGCAUGACAAGUCACCAGCCCCCAACAAUUACUCACUGCCUAGCAUUCUCGGGGGUAAAUCCAUCGCUGUGACCUCGGCCCCAAAUUACUCCAUGACUGGUCGCAGUAAGAUCGGAUCCUGUGACGAGGACCUGUCCAAGACGCCGGGACCGGGCACGUACAAGGUGGUGGAGCCCUCCGUCUACAAGAAGAGAGAUCCACUGUACUCAAUGACUGGCAGGAACCAGUUGCCCAGCGACUCAACGCAGAAACCAGGCCCAGGAGCCCACAGUCCUGAAAAGGUUGUCAUCAACAAAGAAAUGGCCCCCAAAUUCUCCUUUGGAAUCAAGCACUCAGAAUACACGACACCUUUAAUAAGCGAUGCCUCUGAUUAAUUAUAUAGUCUUCUAACCAAUGGGUGGUUCUAUGGGAAUGGUUCAACACGGUACAACUGGCUUAUUUAUUCAGCGGUAACUUAGUAGUGUCAGUAGUAUCCCUCAGAUUGCUGUACAAGGAUAGGUAAAUGCAUUUUAAGAAAAUGGGGGAGAAAAUACAUUUUCAGCCGUGCAUUUCAGCCAUAACAUAGUUUUCAUUUAGCCAGGUAUAAGUGGGAAUGCACAAAGUUAACUAGUGUUUGCCGUUUUUUUAACGCAGUUUUAGGAUAAGGCCAGCCCCAGUCCUGGUGCAGUUAAUGAGGGAUGCUACUGACUUGUGCGUCAAUUUACAGGAUAACUGUUUCAUCAGUUUGAUUCAAAUGAAUUGGGAUAAUUGUGCCAUUUGUGAAAUUGAGAGCUUGUUGCCAACAAUGUCUUGCAACCCGAUGUUUUGACAUGGAAGAAAAAAAAAAAUCAUGCCGCAAUAAAUUUACUUGAUAAACAAUGAUCACGUACGUGCAGGUAUAAAUUUUGUAAUUAUAAAGACGUGGCAGAUUAAUGACCCAUUUUGAUGUUUGGUGUGCUGCCAUUUGCACUGAAGUAAUGGGAUAAUCUCGACACCAAAAAUGAAAAAACCAAAAUGUAUUAAGAUAAUCAACUACCUUGAUGUGUAUAGUGUAAAUAAAUAUGUUGCGGUCUUGUCCUUCUGUUGUUUUAUAUAAUUACUGUGAUAUUUGUUUGCCGAUCAUGUCCAACAAAUUGUAGAAAUUAGAAAACAUUAAGAAAAUUGUCAAAAUGGUGCAGUACGGAAAAUGAUCAAAUGAUUUUAGUCAUUUUAAAUUAACUUUUUAAACCAAUUUGAUAUAUGUCUGCUUUUUUCCUACAUCUUAAAAUCAACAUGUCUGCAAAAAUGAAAUGUAUUAUGCUUGAUUUAUUAAAUCGAGAAAACAAUUUGAAUGCAAGUAAUUCUUCCAAUCAAUCUUUUUAACAGAGUGUACAUGUAGGGACAGCCAUUGAACCACCGACAUAAGUUUUUUUGCAGUGUGAUACAUGUUUUUCCGUUUUUAUUUUGUAAAUACUAAAGCACUAGGGGAUUACAUUCCGUCCAAAACAUUGCAAAAACUGCAUUCUUGAAUUAGGUUAUAUUUUUCCAGGGGCACUUUGUCAAUCAGCUUGAAAACUUCCAAAUUUCUUUUAUUUUUGACAAGUAGCUAGUAGUCAAUCAUGGAAUAUAUCGACCAUUUUACCUUUUGUACUGCAAACAUUAACACUUUGUUUCUGACAUGAAGGAUCAAUAAAUACUUCAGUGUACGCAUUAUAA